AUGUUGCUGUCCAUCCAAAUUUCUCUAGUCGUCUGCACUUUAGCUUUACAAGCUUGUUCUUAUGAUUUAGAUAUCGAUCUUAAUCAGCCAGCCUCUCCUGCUGAGGACUCACCCACGGCAGAAAUGAUAAGAACCACUGAUCGAGUAGACGAUACAAUCAAAAAAGUCUCACUUCCUCAGUCGAUACCGAGAAUGAAAGAACAACGUUUGUUGCAGAAUUUUAGACAAAGACAACGGUAUCAUGAAACGAAGAAAGACCCAAAGAAAUACGAAGCUAUUUUGAAACAAAGAAGGGAUUAUAAGAAAAGUCGAUAUAGCAAUCUAGAUGAAAGAAAAAAUAAUGAACGAAAGGCAUUCUCAUCAUACAUGCAGCGUAAGCUGGAAGAAGAUCCUAAUUUUCAGCGGACCGAUCGAAGAAAAGAUUUACGGAAACGUGUACGUGAGGGAAUUGCAACGAAAGAAGAUUUACAAAUGUAUGACGAACUUAAAGCCAAGCAUGCAGCCGGUCAAAGGGCAUCUGCAAAGCCUUGCUCAGUAAAGUGUGUCAGCCCACCACAUUCUCCUCAACCGAUAGCGGGCGAUGUUGACCGGGAUUUUUUAGAUCCGCUUUUGGAGACAGAUAUAUCUCACAGCCUGAUUCCGUCGCCAAUUCGAGCGGAAGCACAUCAAUCGCCACAAUUACCGUCCCAACAACCUGCACCUUCACAUACUAACCCAACCGCUUCGCUCUCUAAAGCCACCAAUAUUGAUAUUCGAAAGAUACCCAAAGCAAGCGGUAAGCGAAAGCUGACACUUGAAGAAAAGAAAGAAAGACAUGCACUCAAACAACGUAUAUACCGACAAAAUGUGCAGAAAGAUCCAAUGAAACAUGAAGCACAAAAAGAGAAAACGAAAGUACGUUAUCAAAAAUGGUGGCAGAAUUUACCGACCGAACGAGCGGAUGAAAUACGUGAAAGGAAUAUGCAUACUGCCAGAGCAUACCGCCAAAGGGUUGCAAAGGCAACACCGCCCAAGACAGCCAAAAAAAGCAAAAGGACCAAGAAAGAUCCAAGUCAACAAUUUCCCAAGGAUGGUGGAAGUGUGUAG